AGGAACGCGCGCCGACGCGGAAGAGAUAACGCGGAGAAAGCAGGAAGUUCGCGACGCCUUCGGUGUUUUUGAUAAAGUGCGAAAAGUUGGAGGGUUUGUGAACAUUUCUCCGGUGGAAAAUCCGGUGUUUUCUGCGCUUUACUGAACUAGCCACCUCGUCUUGGUGUAAGAAGAUGGGAGUUGGAGAUCCAAACAGACUGGAGCAGGGGGCGUCGGCUCCGGCGGAGGAAGUGGAACCGGUGAAGUCGCUGCAGUCUCAGGUGGAUGGCGUGAAAGACAUCAUGACCCAGAACGUGGAGCGAAUCCUGGCACGCGGAGAACGACUCGAUGAUCUGAUGGACAAAUCCGAGGACCUGCAGGCCGGGGCGCAGAACUUCAAGCACACGUCGCAGAAGGUGGCACGCGCCUACUGGUGGAAGAACGUGAAGCUGAUCGUGGUGAUGGUCGUGAUUGUUGUCGUCAUCGUGCUCAUCAUCGUGCUGCUGGCUACAGGAGUGAUCCCGACAAAUGGCCAGUCGACUACCAAACCACCAAAGUAACACCUUCGCACUCGCUCAUACGCACAGACCUACUUUAUACAGAAACCCGAAGGCACACACACUCAUGUUAGUCCAUUUAAAAAAAAAAAAAAAAAGUCCCACUCGGACACAAGCUCCCUCAAGUACGAUUUCAUUCCGGUCCUAAACCCAAAUAUUUCUUUUCCCUGUCUACGUUUUGGAAAACAAAAGCGUAAACCUUUUGUCCAAACAGGAUAUCGAGACGUGUUCUUAAAUAUCAUUCAGCUCUGAAAUAACACCGAUGUUGUCAGAUCAGGGUCCCGCAGGAGCGGUUCUCAAAAACGUUCACAAUUUAGGGGUUUUUUUUUUUUAAUGUGAAAACGCUCACGAUACUUCCCGUACUUCACACGGAACUCCUAAUGUUGCUUACGAAGAAGCUCGUUAGCACCCGCUCGUUUCCUACCCGCGUUUAUUCACCGACCGCAACGUCGGCUCAUCAGAUAUUUGACGAGACGGCGAUACCUGUUCACUCGAGUCAUCAAGCCCGAGUCCACAGUGUUAGCACGCGAUACGACGUCUAUCUGUGGGAAAACAGCAAAAUUUUAGGGGUUUUGUUUGCCGGAAUUACUUUGAUCAUUCCACGAAUUUAUAGAACUAUCUAGAAAUGAAAUCUGUAUGCUGGAACUUUGACAGAUGUAUUUUAGGUGUUACACGUUCAAGUAUCCGGAAUUUCACACAGAUCGUGGGAUUUAAGAUACUCACGAGACUGCAUGUUGAAAAUAUCUGGAAAUCUGCAAUUAAAGAUAUUUAUAAGUUGCACAUGGAAAAUGUUGAGGAAAAUUAACCCAGAUUUAAGGGAUGUUACCAUAUUUCUCAUACAGCGAACGCGUCUGGGGAAAACCCUAAAUAAUAGCUGGGGAUUGAAGACAUUUUAUGUUGAAUUAACCCCCAAAUUAAGAUAUUUUAAGGUUCAGAUGUGGAAUUGAACAGAUCUAGAAAUUUGCCCUGAAAUCAAUUGAAUUUAAGGAGAUUUAUUAGGAGUUACCUAUUUAAAAAAAUAAGACGAUAAGUGAAAAUGUACCUUUUAAGUGAUCUGAAUUUAAACUUGAAUACUAUUUAACUAAAUUUGACUAGUUGGAAUUUGAAGUUACAACAUUUGAAGUUACACAAUAAAUCACUAAUAAUUUGAAAAAAUGAACAAUAAUUUAAAAAAAACAAACUUCGAAACAAUAUCUGAACGGAUCGUGAAUUUUAUAAGAAGUAAACAAUGAAAAUAUCUGAUGAAUGAAGGAAAUUGUCAACUUUACUGUUACAAAGAUCUGGAAAUGAAACCUGAGGGCUGGAGAGAAGCUCCUUAUUAAAAAUGGGGAGAAAUGUAAGAUAUUUUUAGGUUGCCUAUUGAAAAUGUUAAUUAGUCCUUAAUGCUACAUGUUAAUAAUAACAACGAUAAAAUAACCCUUAAUUCUGAAAUUUGUACGUUUUAAACAGCAGAGGGAUUUCGUUUCAUCUGCUGCGUAAACGGAUUCCUCAAUGUACUAAUGAUACAGUGUGUGUGUGUGAAUUUUUUUUGCCCGUGUGUGUGUGUGUGUGUGUGUGUGUGUGUUUUUACAAGAUGAAAAUGUCCUUUGUUUUCUUUGUUGUAACUGUUUAACGUUUCGAAGGCCUAGUUUAAAAUCAGUACGAACAAUAGCGCAGAUGCACUUUGCUUCAAUGUGGGUUUAACAUUUUGCUUUAACAUUCCUGUCACUGCUGUUAAACUCCAACAUUUAUCAGAUUUUCAUUGUUGAGAAAGAAAAGGAAAAAACAAAUGCACCCUCUUUACAGUUCUUUAGUGGCCAGUUUUGAUUCCAACAUUUUUACAUUUUGCACAGCUUUGAUUGAAAGAACUACUGGCUACAUUUACUAUAUAUAUAAAUAUAUUAUACACACACACACAGUACUGUGCAAAAGUUUUAGGCACCCUAUUUAUUUUAAGUACAAACUUUUGUUAUAGAUUUUUAUUUUAUGACCUUCUACAUUAUCAAGUCAGUACAAAAGAAACCAUUUUAGAUUCCCAAACAUUAGUUUUCUAGCUCAAAAUUAAGUGUUACAGAAAAUUGUUUGUAUGUAAUUAAAGAAAGCAUAUCACUUUUUAGGCAAAAAAAAAAAAACACACAACGAAGGCUGCUGGGUUUCGCUGCAAAAAUAAGAAGCGAGUGUGAAAGUCAUAGUCUCCAGAAAAAUCGUAGCUGGUUCUGCAAGAUGCUCAGUAAAACUUACAGCUCAUUUCCUUAUAAAACUGUACACAUUGUACUGGAGACUACUUUUUUUUUUUUUUUUUUUUUUUGUCACACCAAACAUUGACUUUUUCAUUUACUGCUGUUUACUGCUCUUCAUGGUAUUUUAUUUCAAUGUAGAAACAUUUAAUAUCAUUAUUUUGAAGGCAGAUAUAUAUAAAUAAUAAUAGAUUUUUUGUUUCAGUAGAAAUGUGCAGAGUAAAUCUAAUUAGUGAUGGUAUCAGAGCUACGAUUAAGUCCGAUAGUAAACAGACUUAAUCAGAGCCUAUUUUUUUUUUUUCAAUUCUAAAUUUCUAUCAAUACGCUCUUUGUGGUUUUGCUGUCAAUCUGUGGAAAUCUUGCGAGGUCAAAAUUGCUUCUUUCUGUAAAUAUUUCAGUGGUUUCUGUUGUAACUGUUCACACCAAUCUCGUGCUGUAGCAUCCAAUAACGUUUAGAAUGUUACAUAUCCAGGUUUAUUUAUUGUAAAGCUGUUUUUAGGUGCCUUGUUGUCUUAUAGUCUUGACUUGAAUCAAAAACGUGAUCAUUUAUUAAUACACACUGCCUCUUUUAAAAUCGGUCUCAUACUUGUUAUUGGAGGAGUUAAGGGCUAAAAUGUAUACGCGUGUAUAUUCCGAGCACGCACCACAACACCCGAUUACAUUAACUCAGCUGCUGUGUGUGAGCGGGUGGUGUGUUUCUGGGUCAGAUCAAAUACUCAACCAGUGCUGGGGCUUUGGAUGAGAAUCAAGAGUUAUAAUGAAAUAAAAUCUGAAAAACCUGUAAGAGCUAUUUUUAAAAAUAAACAAUUGAUGUGUCAUUAAA